AAAAUAUACAUAAAAUACAAUUCUAUUUAAAAAAAAAAAAUGUUUGAGAAUUCGCUGCUCAUUAUUAAGCCAGAUUAUAUGCACAAGCGUCGUCCGGUGCUUCUGAAACUAUUGGCCGAAGGAUUCCUUAUACAGGGAAGUCGCAAACUAAACUUUUCCCCAGAAUCGGCCGCCGAGUUCUAUUCCGAUUUUGAAGAUGAGAAAGGUUUUAUGCUAGAGGUCAUAUUGCUCUCCAAAGGAGUCUCUGAAGCAUUUAUAUUGACAAAAGAGAAUGGAGUCCAGGAUCUACUUAAUACUAUGAUUUGUUAUUUUGGCUCUGCCUCGGAGCUGGAGCGGAAUAUACAUGUAACCAAACAUGGCAGGAGUGUGGCUCGUGAAAUUAAUUUCAUUUAUCCCAAUUAUAUCCAUGAGCCGACGACAUUCUUUGAUCGCAAUGAAUUCUGUAAUCGUCCAAUGCUUAAACCGCUAAUUGCUGAAAUUUAUGAUAUCCUGCAGAAUGCCGAUUGCAGUCAGGAGAAUUGGAAAUCCCGUGUAGCGGAAUAUUUGGCCCGCAGUAAUCCAACAUUGCCCCAGAUAAGCAAUCAGUGUCAAGUGCGUCCCGACGCCAUGAUACAGGAUAAGGCUCAGCAAACUAAAAUGACAUAUGCCUCCACUGCGGCAGGGGCCAAGCCGAAGGAACACAAAACUGAUAGCAGUUCAGUUAUGUCCACCACAUCGCCACACUCCUCCAUGUUGCUGACCACGUCCUCGUGUGUGACCUGCGGCGGUUUCGAUCACACCGAACCCUGCAUCUCUGAGUUGGAUCUAAAUAAACGCUUGGAGCCGCAGACUGUUGAGAAAAUAUGCACUGAAGAGGAAAUCAUAUGGAAAGAGAUUGUGGUCUAUGAGGAAGCUCUGCCUGAGGAGGAAGAGCCCGAGCCACGUGACUUUUUAGCCGUAAUCGAUGAAGAUGAGGGUGAAGGAGAAGCUGACAAAGAUUCUGGCCAGCCGUCGGAUACAGAAUCAGUUCACAGUAUUGGUGGUUCACCUAUGCGACAUUCUGAACCGGAAGCAGAGCCUGAAGCUGAGCCUGAACAGGAGACAAAGUUAGAAAUUGAACCUCAACCAGAAGCUGUAGUGGAAAUAGUUCCAGAACCUAAGCCAGAGCCUGAGGCAGUACCUGAGCCAGAACCUGUGCCCGCAGCUGAGCCAGAACCUGAGGCCGAACCUGUGCCAGAACCUGAGCCAGAACCCGCUCCAGAAGAACCCGAGCCAACUCCCAUAGAAGUAGAAGCAGAACCAGCAGCUCCAAUGGAGGAAGAGGCUGCUGUUGCCGGUGAGGAUGAGGUUGUUGGGGAAUCCCCUCUCGAAGAGGCUGAUUAACACCUGUUGAAUUUACGUUUAUGUUUUGGCCCAAAUCUUGCCUGGCAAAAAAAUUUAUGUAUAGAAAAAAUGGCAACUGCUAAAAAACAA